AUGACGCUGGUGGCAACAGCGGGCGGCGCGGCGGCGCGGGAGUUUUGGAAACGGCUGCGGCCCGGAGAGGUGUACCUGGCGUGGUACGAGGACGACUCGGUAUGGCACGAGAGGAUUUGUUUCUGGCCGACGGCCGAGGAGACCAUCUGGGUGAUAUUGACGCCCGACGGGCACGCGUACGCUGAGAGCGUCGUGGGCUGCGAAGACGGCCCCUCCAGGACGCGGGGACUUCGCGGCGGCGCGCUGCCAGGCGGGCUGCGGGAGAGCGUGUACCGUUUCAAGGAGUACCCUGGGCCGAUCGGGACGCUGCUGGAGGCCGCAGGAGGAGUCGCUGAAGGCGUGGACGCGCUGCCUGCCGCCACGGCCGACGGUCUGCCCGCAGGGCUGACGAUGGUCACUGCACCGCGGCCACCUCCCGAGGGGAAGGUCUGGGCGGUGGUGGACCUGUGGGUGGGCUGGGAGCGCGUCGGCGAGCCACUGGAGGUCGGCGUCGGGGACCUGAUAUUGCCUGGCAGUGGUGUCUGGCAGGAGGCGCUGGUCCGUGAGGGCGGUGGGUGGACGAAGGUGCUGGCCCUCAGCGAGCACGAGCGGGAAGGCUUUCGCGAGCGGGCUCGGCGGCCACUCGCCACCGCCACGCCUGAGGGGGCGGUGGGAGAGGCGGAGGCCGCCGCCGGCACCAGCACCCCGCGCCCUGAGGGCGGCCUAGACGCCAUGGCUGCGAGGCUUGGCGCGGGCGAUCAGAGCGGCGGUGGAGGCGGCCCCAGCAGUGACGGAGACGUACGCACGCAAGCCGUCGACUUCGACGCGCAGGGCAAGAGGUGCAAGGCCUGGCGGGAGGUGGUGGCGGAGAUGUCUCGACACGGUUUCGCGGACUGGCCGCUCGACACGCCGCCGGCCGCGAUCCACUUCUGCGCCCGUAUGGAGAGGACGGGACGAGUGCCGUCAGGAUGGCUGGACAAGUGGGCGCAGAGUAAGAACAUCGUGAGUAGCGAUCGCGUGUAUUAUGAGUUGAAGACGAUCAUAGAUUCAUUGGAGUACGCACGAUGCUACGACCAGCUCAACCUCGGCUCGCUGGUGUUCGCGGAACUCCUCUGCCUGCGGGCGCAGGCCAUAGUCGACGCCUACGACACCAACCCGAACAAGCCUAGCUUCGAGAACGCGAAGUACUUCUCGGGCCUCAAGAGCUUGUCAGAUGCGGUGUCGCCCGACCUGAAGAGCUUCGCUGCUCGGGAGGCCAAGGAGGAGACCGAGGUUGAGAAGCAGCGGCAGAAGGUCAGAGAGUUGCGCGGCAAGGGCGACAACAAUAAGAGGGCAAGGAAGGUGUCGCUCCCCGCUGACGUCCGCGACGCGAGGUACGCGGACUUGAUCGGGGGCCCGCGCGCCCGCGUUUUGCUCGAGAGCUGGGGCCUCGCGGUGGCGCAGAGCGCGAACGAGUAUCACGCGGCGCAGGGUCCAGGGCUAGAGCUGUCGCCGCCGAUGGCGGAUCGCCGCGGCCCCGCGGUGCUGCGGGAGGGCGCAGCGGCCGCGCACUACGUGCGCGUGGACAGCCUCGGCGUGGUCAGCGCGGGGCGAGAGACAGGUGCGGCUGGCUUCGCGGGUGCGUGCGAGUCCUUCGAGCGCGCCGGCCUGAUGCUGCGCGACCGCCUGGAGGAGCCGAACACGAUGGAGGGCCUAGGCGUGGAGCUGGGCGCUGAGAGGCGCGAGACGCGGCUCACCGCGGCACGCUACUGGCGACUGGAUGCUGGGUUGCAGUGGCUGCUGGCACGGCGGAAGGUCUUUACGCACAUCGUCGAGGUUUUCGUGGGCCACUGCACCGGCGUCUGUCUGCUCGUGAGGCAGACGAUCUCCGUCUUUCACGCUGUGUACAUGUUCGUGCUGGCCUACCCCGCAGGUCUUUCCCCGAUGUGGAGCUCGGUGAGAGCUGAGUUCACCGCCUUCUUGGGGCUCAUGCCGCUGUUGAUCGCCCCUUGGGAGUUGCCCUGGAGUGGAGUGGUCGACGCCAGCGACGCGAGCGAGGGCGGGUUGGGGGAGCUGUUCCACGUGGCGGGGUCGAGAUAUAAGCUGACUUCGGCCUCAGCCAGAGCCCACGCCUUGCAACAGGCUGGCUUGAACUCCUUCGAUGUUGAGGAGCCCGAGCUCUUGGGGGAAGAGUUCGAAGAGGUGGGGGACUUCCCCGAGAUCCCGAGGCGCCUGCUUGACAAGCGGGACUGGCGGGCAAGCGCGCGGGAGCUCACCGCCCCUGUGGCUGGGCAGCCGCGGGCUGGUCAGACGGAGCUGGGGCGGCCGAGCAGGCUGCGAGUGCUGACAGAGGAGGUGGCCCUCGGCUCCCUGACCUCCAGGCUGCGCUGCAAGCGGGUGGGGCUCUCCGACGACCUCGAGGAUUUCGUGGGGGACGCGGCCCUCGACCCGCCCGAUUCGGAGGGCAGCAGCGAGAGCCGGUCGGAGCUGGCGAAGGGGGCGGCCCAGAGGACGAGGGGGCUCGAGAAGGGGGUCAACCCGAGGAGGGGGAUCACGCACCUGGAGGGGAAGAGCGUGACCCCAAAGGUGAUGGAGGACUACCGCCGCAGAGUGAAGAUAGCGCUCAGCUACGCCCAGAGGCGGCAGUUGCCUGCCAACAACGCCGACGAGGUCGACCAGUUGCUCACCCACCUGAUGAACGCAAGGUGCCGCGACGGCGAGCACAGCAGCUACGGCGUCAAGCUUCUCGCCGCCUGGGUGGCGAUCUACCCCGGGUACGGCAAGUACGGGCCCCAGCGGUUGCCCAGGAGUGGGCGAGCGCUCAAAGGCUGGAAGCGACUGGUGCCUGGGCGCGCGAGGAAGCCCUUCCCUUUCCCCGUCGUGGCCGGCCUGGUUGCGGCGCUGAUCCACCUGGGGGAGCUCGAGGUGGCGCUGUGGACCCAGGUGUGCUUCGGGUUCUACCUCAGGCCCUGCGAGUGCCUGCGGAUGCAGCCAGAGGACCUGGUAGCCCCUGUGGUGGGCAUGUCGGAGCACUGGGGCCUGGUGAUAGCACAAGAGGAGCGGGGGGUCCCUACCAAGGUGGGCGCUUUCGACGACACACUGCUGUGGGACGCCCCCUAUUUGAGCUUCAUGACUGGAGUUUUCUCGGUGCUGCGGAGGCGGGCGCAAGGGGGGCCGAUGUGGAAUCUGGACUACCCACGCGUCCUGAGGUCCAUGAGGAUGGCGUCGAAGCUCUUGGGCGUCGACGCAGUGCCGUAA